AUGAACAACUUUAGAAGCUGUGCUGAAGCUAGAAUAAGUAGUCCAUUGUUUAAGAAUGCUACUAUCUUUAAUGAAAACUUGGUAGCUGUUGAGAUGCAACGAGCAGAAAUAUGGUUAGAUAAACCAAUAUAUGUCGGAAUGAGUAUAGUGGAUUUGGCCAAAACCACGAUCUACGAUUUUCACUAUGGGUAUUUAGCUGAAAGAUUUGAGGAAAACUUUACGACUUGCUAUACAGAUACCGAUAGUGUAAUCGUAGAGAUACGGGAAAAAGAUCCCUAUGAGGCUAUGAUAAAAGAUUGUCGUCAAUACUUUGACACGUCUGACUAUCCUAAAGACAAUAUUUAUGACAUCCCCCAGGUUAACAAGAAGGUGUUGGGUAUGAUGAAGAUGAAAAUAAGGGCUGCAUUAUGA